AUGUGCAGGAAUUCAAGACUCGAGUGGCUCGUUCUGCUAAACAUCCUGGCCGCAACACUUGCUACCUGGACUCUGGUCACAGAAGAUACCGGCCCAUCUCCACGGUCUGUGCAUGCGGCAGCUUGGGACAGCAGCAGUCAGCGUUUCUGGAUUCAUGGCGGUAGUGGAGAAGCAUUCCUGAACGAUCUGUGGACCUUUGAUCUCAGAAGCAAUUCCUGGAACUUGCUUCCUGACAAUGGUAGGACGCCUUCCGGUCGGGAAGAUCACGUAGCCGUUUGGGAUCCUGGCGGGCAAGCCCUUUGGGUUCAUGGUGGGUUUGAUGGCACCAACUUCCUCAGAGACGUCUGGAAGUAUUCGGGCAACAGCUGGUCUCUAGUGGCAGACAGCUCCUCGUAUGGCCCUGGUGCCCGGGCUGAUCACGUGGCGGUGUGGGAUGCAAGCAGCUUUGCCCUUUGGAUUCAUGGAGGAUACGAUGGAGUUUUGCAUGAUGACUUGUGGAAGUUCGACUCGCAAGCAGGCAGCUGGAUUUCCAUCUCCAUCAGCAAGGUGCCUUCUGCAAGAGCAUACCAUGUUGCUGCCUGGGACGAAGCAAAUUCGGACAUUUGGAUUCAUGGUGGCUUUGAUGGCGGCCUUUGCAGAGAUAUCUGGAAGUUUGACACAAAGGCGUUUAGCUGGAGCCAAGUGUCAGCUGAUGAUGGUCCCUCUGCCAGAGCUUAUCACGUAGGUGCCUGGGACCCCUCUGGCCUUGCCCUUUGGAUUCAUGGUGGAUUCGACGGAAUAGCUCGACGAGACGUCUGGAGGCUCAACACCUUGACUUCCAGAUGGGAGCUGUUGCUAGACAAUGGGCCCGUUCAGCGUUACAACCAUGUUUCUGGUUAUGAUGUCACAACUAGCUCCUUUUGGAUCCAUGGUGGCUAUGAGGGCAGUGCCUGCUGCACCGUGCAGCAGGAUUUGUGGCGGUUUGACAUCACGACAACAACAACGAGCAUAACGAGCAGCUCUUCCACAUGGACCACCGUCACCCUCAGUACCAGUUCCACUACCUUCACCACAUCCAGAAGCAGCACCUCAAGAACCACAUCCAGCACAAGCAGCAGCACAAGAACGAGUUCCAGCUCAAGCACCACCACACUCACAACAACCAGCUUCUCCAGUACAACCACCACCUCUUCAACCAAGACCACAACGACAAGCAGCUCUAGCACACACAGCAGUUCCAUGACCUCAUCAACCACGUCAAGCAGAUCCACUACUCUGACCGCAACCAGCAGCAGUAGCACUGUGAGUACUUCCCGCACCACCAUUACCACUACAAGCACCACCAUCUCGAGCUCCCUGACUAGUUCUAGCACACGAAGCAGAUCAAGCACGACGGUGACCAGCACAACAGUGACCACUAGAACAACAAGUAGUUCCACCUUGACAAGCAGCUCUGUUACUGAAACAUUUACAACAGCCACAGUCACAACAACUGCAUGUCCAGAAUGCGCCAUUGAUCUUUCACUCGUGCUUUGUCCAAUCCUUGGAGUUGUAACUCUUGGAGUUCUGGUGGUGAUGGCUUGUUAUGCACGCAAGCACUGCAGGUGUCGGCGAGUUCUCAUUUUGCCGGCACCAGCAACUGCACCGCAGCCCCGGUGGCCAGAUCAUCCACCACCGCCACCCAUGCAUUUGCAAAUCUCCCUACCUCCGCCCUCACCUCCACCACCACCACCACAGCUGUACGUCAUCCAACAGGAACCUCCACCUCCACCAGCACAGCUUUACGUCAUCCAACAGGAACCAAUGCCAACUAAGUUGACAACUCUAGAUCCUGGUCAAAGACCUGUUCAGAUUGUCACGGAAGUGGAAUUGGGGAUUGGAGCUGCGCAUGUUGAAGCUCAAGAGAACGAAGGCAUAUCACACAGGCCACCACAAGGACCGACACAGUUGGUAGGCCCUUGA